AGAGAGAGAUAGAGUGUGUGUGUGCCUCCAUUUCAUCACCAUCACCGUCAUCAUCAUUCGUCAAUUCAUCGUUCAUCGUUCAUCGAACAUCGUCAGUUAAAAAGGCUUGGAGGGGUUUCUUCUUUGAGCUCAGGGCUAAGCUGAUUCGAGUUGGUUCCGUGCUGUUCCCUCUCCCCCAUAAAUCUCCAGCAAACCCUAAGCCUUCGGCAACUCCCAAAUCAUUGCCUUCUCGGACCUCGCUCGUCCGUACCCUCGGUGUGGUGUUGAUCUCCUUCUCCCGGUUGAUCGCGCCUAGGUUUAAUCGCUAGCUGUUCCAUCGAGGUUGGAAAGCGCGGUUGCGGUGGCCAGGAGCCGGCUUAGGGUUUGAGUCCCGGGGAGCGGUCGAGAAAUGGGGAGCAGGAGGGAAGAAGAGCGGAAUGAGAAGAUUAUCAGAGGUCUCAUGAAGCUCCCUCCCAACCGGAGGUGCAUCAAUUGCAACAGCUUGGGUCCGCAGUAUGUUUGUACGAAUUUCUGGACCUUCGUCUGCGUGACCUGCAGUGGAAUACAUCGUGAAUUUACUCAUCGUGUGAAGUCCGUAUCCAUGGCAAAAUUUACUUCCAAAGAAGUUGAAGCCCUUCAAAACGGUGGUAAUCAGCGAGCUAGGGAAACAUACCUGAAGGACUGGGACCCACAAAGGCAAAGAUUGCCUGAUAGCAGUAAUGCCGAUAAGGUCCGGGAGUUCAUUAAAAACGUGUAUGUAGAUAGAAGAUAUGCUGGAGAGAAGAACUCUGAGAAGCCUCCGAGGGAUGUACAGAGCAUCAGAAGUCAGGAAGAAGAGACACGGCGUGCUAGUUCUUAUCAUUCAUAUUCUCAAAGUCCACCUUACGACUAUCAAUAUGAGGAACGGCGAUAUGGUAAACCAGGUGCUGCUCUGACCAGGAAACCUGGUUCAGAUCGAGGACUCUAUGAAGGGAAGGUAUCUAGUUUUGUGUAUAGUCCGGGACGUCAUAGUGAACAUAUGUAUGAGGAUAGAUUUGCAAAUGAGGGAUCCGGUGCCAGAGUUUCAGAUUACUCUGUUUCUAGUGGAGGUGACCCAUUUAGAUCAGGUGCUCUAUCUCCAACUUUUCAAAGGGAUGCUGGAUAUAGCAGCCCACCUUUGCCGCCGCCAAGAGGCGACUCGAGUGACAAUUUAAAUCGUGAAACAUCAAACAAAUCCUUGGAGGCAAACGUCAGGAGGGACGCGGAUGGGAAACAUUGUUCUCAGAGAACAGCGUCUUCAGGAAGUUUUGGCUCAUUUGAUAGCAACUCAAUGUCUCUCAAGUCCUUCAAUUCAGGUAGUUUAGUCAAUGUUGUUCCAGAAUCCGAGCAAGUUCCUGGGACUCAUCAAGAUAAAAUAUCUACCUUUUCCCAGUCAACUGUCCCUGGAAGUUCUGGUAUAGACCUUUUUCAGGCAACAUCUGGACCAGAUCCUGCAGCUACAUCAAUUGACUUGUUUCAGGCACCAUUUGGCCCAGAACCUAAGGAUUCAUCAAUUGACUUGUUUCAAGCACCUCCGUCUAUAGAUCUUUUCCAAUCCUCAACACAUCCAGCUCCAUCCCCAAUUCAACAUCAAAUUCCCCAAACUACUACGUCAGCAUCUUUGGAUUUCUUUGCUGAUUUUUCCCAGCAAUCACAUGCAACCAUGGAAAAGACAUCGCCAGAGCCAUCUGUUCCUAAAAAUGAAGGAUGGGCGACCUUUGAUUCACCCCAACCCACUACAUCUGCUCCAGCUGAUGAAAGUUUGACUCAUGUGAAAGUACCUUCCGGUGAGGGCGAUGGUAGAGAAAUUUUUGAUAUGUAUUCAACUUUGAAUACAAGCCUUACUUGGCCUUCAUCUCAAAAACCUGAUUCUCAAGAUGCACCUACGAUAGCACCUCAUGCAUGGGAUGAAAGUCUCAGCAAUGUUCGAGCUCCCACUGUUAUGUCAAAUGCUCAGCCAUGGAAUGCAUUUGGAGAACCUAGUGUAGACAUCCCUUCAAUGGGUGCAAAGCAAACUGACGAGUCACUAGCAGCAGCUCUGGGGCAUCCGUCAAACCCUGAACAGUAUUUGGCACUUGAAGCCUCAGUGGACUUUUCUGGAAUGCCAUGGGUGGGAAUGCCAAGACCCAUGGCCUCCUCUGAGCCUUCAGCACUAAGUAUCCCAUCAGAUGGCAUUGUGGGGCCGCCACAUACUCCAUCAUUGUUUCCUUUUAUGGGGGAAACAUCAUCACAUGGCAGUACAACUGGUUAUAAAUCAACCAACCCAUUCGAUUUCCCUUUUGACACGGAUACCGAACAAGGCAAUAUGCAGUUCUUGGACAUGAGCUCGUUGCAAGCUGCACUUCCUGAUCCCCAACUCCCGAAUUCCUUACUGGGAGGUGUAUCUCAGCCAUGGUUCCCACAGAACCCAGUUACACCUUAUUCUGCAGUGGCUUCCCAAGGUGGCUUGGCAUAUAUGGCAGGUCAAGCAGCAAGUCCUCAAAUUUCGAAUGUCCCAGUACAAGGGCCAGUGGCCUCAAUUGGAGGAAAUCCGUUUGAUUAGUUACCAUAAGCCAUGAUGGAAGUAGUUUUACUUACCUAUUAGUUUUGGUUUUGCUCUCUAAUGAGUAGUUAGGCAGGUCAUAUUUAUUGAGCCAAGUGACCUGAGCAUGUAUGAUUUUUUUAAUCUUAUUUAUUGCAAAUAAACUUCACGUGUGGAAGACCCAGUUAUUAAGUUCAUAAUCGUAUCUCGGUGGUUGAGUA